CGUGAGCCGGGGCGGGCCGGGAUCAUGGCCGAGAACCCGCGGGCGCCGGCGGGGGACCCGGAGCCGGACUUGGAGCCUCAGAGCCGGCCGCGCUCCUGCACCUGGCCGCUCCCGCAGCCGGACCGCCCAGGACGGGAGGAGGAGGCCGGAGAGGCCGGCGGGCGCAGGCCCGGGCCGGGGGUCGGGGUCGGGGCCGGGCCGGGGGACGCCGCACAGCUCCAGCUCCGCAAGGCCAAGACGUCGCGGCGCAACGCGUGGGGGAACCUGUCUUACGCCGACCUCAUCACCCGCGCUAUAGAGAGCGCCCCGGAGAGGCGCCUCACCCUCUCCCAGAUCUACGACUGGAUGGUGCGCUACGUGCCCUACUUCAAGGAUAAGGGCGACAGCAACAGCUCCGCCGGCUGGAAGAACUCCAUCCGACACAACCUGUCCCUGCACACCCGCUUCGUCCGUGUGCAGAACGAGGGCACGGGCAAGAGCUCCUGGUGGAUGUUGAACCCAGAGGGCGGCAAGACGGGCAAGGCCCCCCGACGCAGGGCCGUCUCCCUGGACAACCCCACGCGCUUUCUGCGCGUCAAGGGCAAGGUGGCCCGGCGGCGGCAGCUGCAGGCGGGAGGGGUGGACCGCGGCCCCGCCAGCCCCCCCCGAGCCCCGGCCGCCCCCCCGUGGUCCGAGAGCCCCGCUCCCCAUGCCGGCGAGGACUUCGAGGCCUGGGCUGACUUCCGCCGCCGCGCCCACGCCGGAGCCCCCAGCGGGGCCCACACCGGGGCUCGCCUGUCGCCCCUCCUGGCGGAGCCUGGGCCUGACGGCCUGCGGCAGGGCCGGGGAGAGGAAGGGGCCGGCGGCGAAGACGAAGGGGAAGAGGACGGAGGCGCGGACCCCUCCUCGCCCCUCAUGUACCCAAGCCCGUCCAGCGCCCUUUCGCCCUCCCUAAGUGCCCGCUGCUCGGCCGAACUGCCCCGUCUGGCCGACCUGGCUGGGCCUCUCGGGCUGGGUGACCCUGGGCUCCUGGAUGAGUUGCCGGACGGUGCUUAUGGGCUGAGCCCACCCCCCGGCCUGAGCCCGCCUCCUGGUCUGCGCCUCCCGGCCCGUGCCGCACUCCCCCCUGCCGCCUUCCCCUUCGCCCCCAAGGGCACGGGACUGGGCCCCCCCGCGGGCCCCUACGGGCCUCCCCACGGAGCCCCCCAGUUCGGGCAGCCAGGGUUGCUGCGGCGCCUCCCCAUGCAGACGCUGCAAGAGAACCGGCAGGUGGGCUUCCUGCCCGCCCCGCUCCCCGGACCACCCCCCGGACCAAGCCCCGCUGCCGCCUUCCGCCCGGCCGCCCUACACGACCUCCUAGUCGCCGGCUCCUUCCCGCACAAGGAGGGGCGCCCGCCUGCUGUGCCCCCCAUGCCCCUGGCGGGCAGCCUGGCCCCAGCCCGUGGGCACCGACCUGGCUCGCUCCUGGGUGGCGGUGGGGCCGGGGGCUUGGGCCAGUUCCCAGACCGCAGUCCGCCCCCGUUCAAGAGCCCAUACCCCGCGCUGCCCCCUGCCGCUGGGCACAGUGCCUUACCGCGUCCCAUCAGCCUUAUGUCGGUGCCCAGCGAGCCCGGGCGCCCUGGCCCCCUGGCCCUCCCCGGCCCACCUCCCCCCUAUGGCAGCGGGCAGGGCCCGCUGGGUGGGGCGGGGCUGCUGGAGGCGCUGCCGGGUCCUUCGGCUGGUGGCGUGGCCCCAGGACCCGCCCCGGGCCCCGACCGCUUCCCCGCUGACCUGGACCUGGAUAUGUUCAGCGGGAGCCUGGAGUGUGACGUCGAGUCCAUCAUCCUCAAUGACUUCAUGGACAGCGAUGACCUGGACUUCAACUUCGACUCGGCCCUGCCCUUGCCGCUGCCGCUGCCCCCGAGUCUGCCCCCGCAACCCGGCGCCACCCCCGUCAACCACAGCUGGGUGCCCGGCUGAAGGCCGGGCCGGCGGACGGACAGACAGGCGGGUGCCUGCACCCUCUCCCUCGUCUUCCCGGGCCAGGGGAGGGGUCGGGGUCGGGGCCCAUAUCCGGGGGGUCUGCCUGGAGCCAGCCCCCUCCCCUGCCCAGCUUGGCCCCCAAUGACAAUUUGAGGCCGAGGUUCCGGCCAGAGCCGUGUGUGUAGGGGUUGUGUGUGUGUGUGUGUGUGUGCGUGCGCGCGCGUGUGUGUGUGGUUGGGCCAAUGCCCCUCCCCACUUCCCCCAUCUCCCGGGGACACAUCCGGCUUUGCUAAAGAGCCCAGGCUGGCCACCCCGAUCCUGCCUCCCAGGUUCUGGGCUGGGGGCCGAGGUGGGAUAGGGGACCCAGGAGGGUUGAUGGCAGUGGGCACAGCCCACGGGUAGGAACGGGAUGGAGAGGGGAACAUGUCUGGGUCUCUGGAAGUCCCCAUCCUGUGCCCGUCCACCCCCCGCCCCUCCAUCCACCCCUUACCACUCCAGCUGUCUUGUGAGCUGUGCUGUGGGGUUGUCGUAUGUGCGCUCAGUGUGGUGAUAAGCAUUGUGUAUCCCGUUGUUGUGCAGUUCGAGGGGGCGGGGGACAAGGGGGAGGGUCUUCCUGACAAGACCCCCAGACCCUUCUCAGCCCCUGCUCUCAGGGGAGACCCCGGGCUGGGCAGGGCACAGAACCAAGGAAGUUCACUGAAACACAACCCCCCUUUCCCCUCCCACCUCCCGUGGCUCAGAUCAUUCCCCUCACAGGACCUCCCCUGCCCUCCUCCCCGCCACACCUCACAAGGCCAAGGCCCCGAGCCCCCUCCGACUCUCCCGUAUUUAUAAAUGUCAGGUCGGGGCCGGGCCGUGGCCUCCCUCUGUAGACCGUAUCCGUGGCCGUGCUGUUAGCGUGUGUGUGCUGAGUCCAGGGCCAUGUAGAGUGUGUGUACAGCAUAUUUUCAUGAAUAAAAUUGUUUUCAAUAUUCC